UUUUCAUUAGCAUUUAGAAUAUAAUUAAAAAGAUCCACUACAUUCGAAUUUCCCGGGUAUUCAUCGAAUCAAAAACCCUCCACAAAACCCUAAUUAAAUCCCCAAUUCGAUUACCAAUUUUUUCUUCGUCUUUGAUGCAAGUUUCCGACAUGCGUGCAUUCCGAUCAAUUCACCUCUGCAAAACCCUCCAAACCAUCUCCACCGGCAAUCCUAACCCCAUUAUCACAUGUUGCAGAUCUCGUAACAACCCUCUGUUCACUAAAAAAUCCCACCGCCGCUUCCUCUCCACCGCCACCGCCGAUGAAUCAUCCACCGCUUCCAGCUGGUCCGCCUUCCCCAACUCCCAGCCGCCGGCCGACUCAGCCUCCCCCAAAACCCCUACGGUUCAAACUAUUUACGACCCGACCACCGGCCGUGUUGUCACCAAGCGAGAAUACAACGUCAGCAAAGAAGUUGAAAAAUCCGAGAGCACACCACCGGCGGUCGAUGUAGGCAGCAGAGUGUACGGAGAUGUCAUCGGGAGCAGUAGCGCCAGGAGCAGCAGCAUGAAGAAGAAGGGGAAGAGCAGGAGCGUACAUGUAUGUGAGAGCUGUGGGUACUCCGAUGGGCAGUGGUGGGGCACGUGCAAGCAGUGUGGGGAAGUCGGCACGAUGAAGCGGUUCACCACCGAGAGCGUUGACCGGAAAGUGAGCGGCAUGCAGGUGUCUGAAAAUGCGGUGAGAUCGUGGCUGCCAAAGGAUACGGCUCCUGUCAAGCUGACUGAUGUGUACGGUCGGAUCGACGAUUCAAACUGGCGAAUACCGCUGUCUGGACUGUUUGGAGCUGAAGUCGAGAGGGUUCUUGGUGGUGGUUUAGUCCCAGGUUCUCUAGUAUUAGUGGGUGGAGAUCCCGGUGUUGGUAAAAGCACGUUGUUGUUACAGAUUGCAGCAUUAAUCACAGAAGGAAAGGAUGCAAAUAUUCCAGGUCGAGUUAUAUAUGUAUCUGGGGAAGAGAGUGUUGAGCAAAUUGCAAAUAGAGCUGACCGUUUGUCUAUUGAAACAGACGAACUUUUUCUGCAUUCUAGUACAGAUAUUGAGGAUAUUCUAGAACACGCUCAGCAUCUUUCUCCGAGGGCUUUAAUCAUUGAUUCUAUUCAGACAGUCUAUUUAAGGGGAGUGACUGGAAGUGCUGGAGGUGACGUGCAGGUGAAAGAAUGCACCUCAGCGUUACUACGAUUUGCUAAGAAGACAAACAUCCCCGUUCUUUUGAUUGGACAUGUGACAAAAACUGGAGAUAUAGCUGGACCUCGUGUCUUGGAGCACAUUGUUGAUGUUGUUUUAUAUAUGGAAGGGGAGAAAUAUUCAUCACACCGAUUGCUAAGAUCAGUGAAGAAUCGAUUUGGCUCUACAGAUGAGCUUGGAGUUUUCAAAAUGUCACGAUCAGGAUUGGAAGGACUUUCAAAUCCCAGCGAGAUGUUCUUAGUCGAUCAGCACUCCGAUUCAGACUACCUAGCCGGGUUAGCUAUAGCUGUGAUUGUGGAUGGAUCUCGAGCGUUUCUCAUCGAAAUCCAGGCCUUGUGUGUAGCUGGGUCAUCCGUUGUGAGGCAUUUAAACGGUGUUCAAGGAAGCAGAGCUGACAUGAUUAUUUCAGUUAUCAUAAAGCAAGCUGGUCUUAAGCUACAAGAGAAUGGUAUCUUUCUUAAUGUUGUUAGUGGGGUUAGCCUAACCGAGACAGCUGGGGAUUUAGCAAUAGCAGCUGCAAUUUGUAGCAGCUUCUUGGAAUUCCCAAUACCAAAUGGCGUAGCGUUCAUAGCGGAAAUCGGUCUUGGUGGUGAACUUCGUAUGGUGCCGCAAUUAGAGAAACGGAUCAACACUCUGGCGAAGCUUGGGUAUAAAAAGUGUAUCGUCCCCAAGUCGGCGGAGAAAUCUUUGUCGGAUCUUCAGCCUCACGGAAUGGAGAUUUUGGGAUGUAAGAAUUUGAAGGAAAUGAUUAACACUGUUUUUGUAAGAAGCUGACAUCUUUGUCUAACCUAAGAAUUUGUGUAUAUUUUUGUAGCUGUAAAAUUAACCACUGUAAUUUCUUGAAAUCAUAUUUUGCUUUUGUUACACCUAGUGAAAUACAUUUGGUAAUUUUUCA